GGCAAAUUGGCACCUUUCUCAGAGCUUGACUACGAGCCCUUGCUCCCGUCCUCCCUAUCGACUUCACCCACCCCCAACGGCCUGGAUAGGCCACGUCUUUCGCAGAGAACACGACCACAGUGGGCCAGAAAACAAAGAUUGAGAUAUCGCAUUGAGAAGAAACCCCGGCAGCCCUUCAAGUUCCUCUUCCAAAUUUCUUAGGCCGAGGUUCAAUUAGAGCUUAAUUACCUUCACGGCUUCACCACACGGCGGUUCCCGUCCCUGCGCUGCCUGCACCAAGCCAAGGUUGUUACCAAUGGAGGACAACGCAGAAGACAGGAGCAGGGCGCUGAAGACAGCACAGAAGGUGCCCUUCCUCGAGUAUCCUUCAUCAAACACGGGAGGCGGCCGGAAGCGCUGUCUUAUCUACUACAUCACCGGCAAUCCCGGCGUCGUUGACUUUUACAUUCCCUUCUUCACCGCCUUGCGGCGCCUGCUAGACGAGACCGAGGCCCGGGCCGGAUGUGACCGGUCUUUCCACAUCUACUCGGCGAACCUGCUGGGCUUCGACGACGCCGACCAUGACCCGUUUGGCUCGGCCCCCGGCACCGAGCCCUUUGUCCUCGAGGACCAAGUCCGCCACUGCUACGACCGCCUGGCCCAGGUGAACAUGGCUGAUCCGGCGAGCGGGCAGGCCGAGAAGAAGCCCUUUGACGAGGUCAUCCUCGCCGGCCAUUCGGUCGGCACCUACAUCGCCGUCGAGCUCUUCCACCGCCACUACUUGCUGCGCAAAGCCAUCCGGGGGGGGACUGCGGCGGCCCAGAGCGGCGGCACCGUCGACGGCUUCGCCAACGUCAACUUGAAAGCCGGCAUCUUGCUCUUCGCCACCGUCACCAACAUUGCCCUCUCCCCCAGCGGGAAGAGGAUGAACAACCUGCGCACCUCACCGUUCCUAAACCGGAACGCCCACCGCAUCGCCAGGCGCUUCCUAGACCUGGUACCAACCGGCCUACUGAACUUCAUUGUCCGUCGCAUAGUCGGCCACCCUCCCGACGCGGCCGCCAUCGUUGUGCGCUGGCUGAAAAGCCGUGACGGGCUCUGGCAGGCGCUGCACCUCGGCAAGGACGAGAUGCGCGCCAUAGCCGAAGAGAAUUGGAGCGAAGACAUCUGGGAGAUUGAAGAGGAAGCCGCAGCUUUUGAUGGCGGCGAGGAUUCCGUCGCGAAGAAUGCGGGACCCGCCGAGGGGGCAGCCGAGACGAAGACGGCGACGGCGACGCCCGGCGGUGAGAAGUUCUAUAUCUUCUUCGGGAGGAAGGACGAGUGGGUUGCCGAGAAAUGCCGUGAUGAGUUCAUCUCGCGAAGGCGCCAAAACCAAAGGGGCCGCACGCGCAUCGUCAUUGACGAGGGCAAUAUUCCGCACGACUUUUGCAUCAAGCAUAGCGAAGAGGUGGCGGAGAAGGUCAAGACUUGGAUCGAUGAGAUCAUAGCGCAGUGAUGCGCCGCCGACGGCUGAGAUGUAAUUAGUUAGCUAGGCUCACGAUGAAAAGUCGGAGGCAAUGUGUUUUUGGAUAACUAGUUGUUAAUAAGCUUAGGAAUGAUGUAAUUAGAGCCUGCAUCGGCUGGAACGAACUCAGUAAUAAGACCUGACACCAAACCACUCCUGAGUCCUGAACCGUGAGUGGCACGCAUCUUUCUUUAGGUGCUCAAUAAAGACUCAUUUUAUAUGCAA